GGCCCAAAUGAAACCCUAAUCUUAGAUCGUAUAUAUUAUCAACCCUACUUCUUCACCACUUCAUCUUCACACCGAGUAGUCGUCCCUUUCCAACUGCAUCUGUGUAUGUGUGUGUGUGUUUUCACUUUCGUAUUUUGAUUGUUCCAAUUGCAGAGAAGAGAGGAGCAAAGAUGAGUAAAGGGGCAGCAGCGAUAGCCAAGGGGAAGAAGAAGGGAGCGAGUUUCGUGAUCGACUGCGCGAAGCCGGUGGAGGACAAGAUCAUGGAAAUUGCAUCUCUAGAGAAGUUCCUCCAGGAGAGAAUCAAGGUCGGCGGCAAGGCCGGUGCUCUCGGAGACUCCGUCACCGUCACCCGUGAGAAGACCAAGAUCACCGUCACCUCUGACGGCACCUUCUCCAAACGGUAUCUCAAGUAUCUUACAAAGAAAUACUUGAAAAAGAACAACGUGAGGGAUUGGCUACGGGUGAUUGCGUCCAACAAAGACAGGAAUGUUUAUGAGUUGCGGUACUUCAACAUUGCCGAGAACGAGGGAGAGGAGGAAGACUGA